AUGAUCAUCUCAACGUUACUCGCCCUUCUGCCUAUUGCCUUUGCUGCAGAUGGCGUUCACAGGCUCAAGCUCAAGAAGCUCCCACCUGUGGUCAAUAACCCGGAGCUGGAGAGUCUCUAUCUUUCCGAGAAGUAUGGCGCUCCAGCCCAGCCCCAAAUGCCCCUUAUGGGUGCUGGCGGUGCAGGCCGUCGUUUCGACAGUGCUCCACCCCAGAAAAACGAGGACCUCUUCUGGACGCAGGAGAUGAUCAAAGGUGGUCAUGGUGUACCCCUCAGCAAUUUCAUGAACGCCCAGUACUUCACUGAAAUCUCUCUCGGAACGCCCCCUCAGAUCUUCAAAGUCAUCUUGGACACUGGUUCGAGCAACCUUUGGGUUCCCAGCACCAAAUGUUCAUCUAUCGCUUGCUUCCUGCAUGCAAAAUAUGACUCGUCGUCAUCGUCGUCAUACAAGGCCAAUGGCUCAGAGUUUUCCAUUCAGUAUGGCUCGGGGUCUAUGGAGGGUUUUGUUUCCAACGAUGCCUUGACAAUUGGCGACCUCACUAUCAAGAGGCAAGAUUUCGCAGAGGCCACUAAGGAGCCUGGCCUCGCCUUUGCCUUCGGAAAGUUCGAUGGCAUCUUGGGUCUUGGCUAUGAUACUAUCUCGGUCAACCACAUCACUCCUCCGUUCUACAGUAUGAUUAAUCACGGUUUGAUUUCUGAGCCCAUCUUCUCCUUCCGUCUUGGAUCUUCUGAGGAAGAUGGAGGGGAGGCAGUGUUUGGCGGUUUGGAUGGCAACGCAUACAAAGGCUCGAUCACCUAUGUUCCUGUUCGUCGUAAGGCGUACUGGGAGGUUGAACUAGAGAAAGUGUCUUUCGGAGAAGAUGAACUUGAGCUCGAGAACACGGGUGCUGCCAUCGAUACCGGCACUUCCUUAAUCGCACUUCCUACUGACAUGGCUGAGAUGCUCAAUGCUCAGAUCGGUGCUAAGAAGUCGUGGAAUGGGCAAUACCAAGUUGACUGUGCUAAAGUCCCCACCCUUCCGGAAUUGUCCUUCUACUUCGGUGGCAAGCCUUACCCACUAAGAGGCUCUGACUAUAUUUUGGAAGUGCAAGGCACAUGUAUCUCUGCUUUCACUGGCCUUGACAUCAAUCUUCCCGGUGGCUCACUGUGGAUCAUCGGUGAUGUCUUCCUUCGCCGAUACUUCACUGUCUACGAUCUCGGAAGAGAUGCUGUCGGAUUUGCUGAGUCUACGUAAGCAUUUCUACUGUAUAUGGAUUGUGACAGGUCGUCGCCAUUCUACUAUUUUCCCGAUUGUGGACAGACCGGUUGUAAGAUUACUUAG